GUUUGCUCCAUUAUCCUUACUUUGUUCUGUACUCACAAAUAUUGCUGCUGUUGAAAUAUAAAAGAAAACACCCUUUCACCCUCCAUCGUUUAUCGUUUAUCGUUUAUUACCAAAAUAAGAUCAUUUAGUCUCUUCACGUUGAUAUAAUCUUUAUUCAUUUAAAAAGCAAUAUAUAAAAAAAUGAGUUCCUUCACCAGAGACACGCAGACGCCCGGAAAAUUUCUCUUCAAAAUGCCGCACCCACCCGAGUUCACCUCGGCGAGCACCGCGCGGCGACACAUCAAGCAACGCCUAAUCGCCGCCUUCCGACUCUUCGCCAAACUGCACCUAGACGAGGGCAUCGCCGGGCACCUCACCUGCCGGGACCCGCAAUACCCGGAUCUUUUCUGGGUCAAUCCUUUCGGCAAAAGCUUCUCAUGCAUCACCGCGGCUGACCUAAUUCUCGUCAACCACCAGGGGAAUAUAAUCAAGGGCGGUGGUGGCGGGGCGUUAAAUGCAGCGGCGUUUGUGAUCCAUUCUAAAAUCCACGCCGUGCGCGCUGACGUUCAGGCCGCAUGCCACAGCCACUCGCUCCACGGCAAGGCGUUUUCCGCCCUGGGCCAGCCGCUGAAAAUGAUUACGCAGGAUGCCUGCAUGUUCUUUGGCGACGCACACGCGGUGUUUCCUGGGUUCCACGGGGUGGUCGCGGAUGAGGAGGAGGGGGAGAAGAUGGCUGAGUGUUUGGGCCCACAGGGGAAAGCCUUGGUUAUGCAGAACCACGGGCUGCUGACGGUUGGCGGGUCAGUGGACGAGGCGGCAUUUUGGUUUAUUGCGCUGGACCGGUGCUGCCACGCGCAACUGCUGGCAAUGGCAACUGGCUGUGAGCUGCAGGAGAUCCCUGCGGAAGUUGCCCAGGAAACCAGCCGCACGGUGGGGUCAGCGAAUUCCGGGUGGUUCAAUUUCCAACCGUACUUUGAGAUGAUCACCAGGGAGCAGCCAGACAUUCUUGGCGUUGACGAGGAGGGAGAAGAAGAGUUGGUGGUGGAUUAAAUGGAUUAAAUGGGCGGCUGUGGUGGUGGGAGUGGUGGGAGUGGCUGGUAGACUUUUUCGAGCUCUUUUUUGCACCAUUUGGUGUGCGCGUGCGCCAUGCAGAAGUUGUAACAGGGCGCGAUGUAUGGUUCGCGGGAGCAGCGCCGUUUGAUGGCAGCGUUGUUGCCGGAUACACUUAUGAUGAGAGAGGAAAAGAGAAGGAAAAGGAGGCUUUGUUGAGUGAAUUGUUUGAAUAACAUUUGUUUUUUUCUUCUUCUGUGUACAAAAAAAAGUAUUGUUGUUUUAGGAAUAAGGGUUAAAAAGACAAAUUACAUAUUGAGUUUAUUAAAGCCCG